GAAUUGUUCACCUUGCGUCCUCGGAAGACUCUUCUCCUUCGGGUUCUUGGCCUUGAGGAUCCGAGAAAGAGUUUUGAGGCCAGAUCGCCAGAACCUAAUGGCUCCAAGUCAGACCGCACAGCUCGCCUUUUCCUCUGCAUUGUUCGGCGUGUUAUCUUUUAUUCUGGGCAUAUUCGCUGAAUUGAAAAAGCCUCCCUAUGGAACUCCAAUUCAAGGAAAGGAUGUUAUCAUCUGUAAGUUUCCAAGCGAUCCGACCGUUGCAUUAGGUGCCCUCUCAGUUGUCGCAGUGUUCAUUUCUGCCGCUCUGGGGAUUCUCUCUGUGUUCUUCCCUUACAAAGGCAAAUCCGUUCCUAGGAAAGUCAUGUUCCAAAACACUACAUUGUUUGUAUUCUUCCAACUCGCAGUGGGUUUGACCCUUUUAGGGGCAGGAAUGAUGUUAACGGGAACUAUCCAAGAGGCACUUCAGCACAUCCACAAUGUGCACCAAGAUCUUGAGUAUGCUUGCCCCACGGCGAAGACUGGCGUCUUUGGAGGGGCUGCCUUCUUGAACCUCGAUGCCUCGAUCUUCUGGCUUAUUAAUCUGAUGCUGACGAUGAACGUGAGAGAGGACUAUUUUGGGGAGACGGAAGACUCCAAAGGCGAGUACAGAGAAGUUUUAACUGGCGAUAAUGAUAUGGAGGAGGAUAAGCACACGGCAGCUUGAACUAUGAGCAAAGAGAUUAGCAACCAGGAAGAAGGUAGAAGACACCGGCAUUGCCAUUCAUCACCAGCCCAUUUGAGAAAAUGUGAUCGGACUUUACAUGAAUAGUUGCUUGCAUCCUUGUAGAUAUCCAUCUUUCUCCAAUUAGUGCCAUUUUUAUGGGUUGUGUUGUGAAUUGUUUUGCAAGUUUGGGUGGCUUGCAAGGCAAAUGAUGGUAUUGCUAAACUUGAUACUUAUGUUGUUGGCUUGGAUGUUAAACUUGAAUUAUCAGCUUAAACCUUUGGGAUCAA